UCCCCCCGGCACACUGUGGGCAGCAGCGAUUUCCACCAAGGUGCAAGUUUGUCACGAGCAACCCUGUAGGGGGCGCUAAACCUGGUUUCGUUUCCCAGAAUGAGUCUGCAGGUCUUAAAUGACGAAAAUGUCACCCAUGAAAAAAGUGCAGAAAACUGUGACUUCCUGUUUUCACCACAACCCCGUACCGGAAGAACAUCUGUUCUUGGUCUGUCACAGAAGGAAAAUGUACCACCCAAGAACCCGGCCAAAGCCACCAAGGUGACUUUUCAGACACCUCUGCGGGAUCCACAGACACACAAGAUCCUAAGUCCCAAUAUGACCAGCAAACUUGAGACUUUUCUUGCUCUGGAUGACAACGUUGAGUUAGAAAACUCUCACUACACUUGGAUACAGAAAGAGACCCAACAGCUCCCCAAGGAUAUGGAUACCAAGUUACACAAUGGAAUUCUCCAGAAACCAUCUGUGGCUGAUGCUGGCCUUUCUCCAGGGGACGCCACCUCGACCUCUGAAGAUGACAGCUGCAGCAAGCCUAGCCCAGUGCACCUGGCUGACCCAAGUGUGCCACGUUCUCCCCAGAGCACAGGAAGUCCUGAAAAUCAGAUGUCUCCAGGACAAAUGUCUGGGAGCGCUGACCAGGCCUUGAAGAAUAGUGUUAGUUCUUAUUCUUCAGCUGAAAGCAUACCCCCCAUCACUGAGGUCCUUGAAGAUCUUCCAGCACCCCAACACCAAGUAGGCGUUCCUGCAGCCCUAGGAGAGAGCCCCUCCACCUCUGCCUUGGCCCAGGCUGCUGUUGCUAGAGGCCCAGGUUCAGGCACAACCCCCACAGACCUGCCCUGCCCUCAGAACAGAGCCCUGGCCAGCCCAGAUCGCCAUAGAGAGGAAGCUGCCAGCCAAAGAGCCAUUGAUUUGAGGUGUGAUCCCAUAAAGCUAGAGUUUGACUUCUCCGAAGGGGCAACCAGCAAAAGGGCAGCUCCACCACAGAGACAAGGAAAGAGGGCCAAGGAGAGGCAGCCAGAGGCUCCCAAGAAGGCAGAAAAUGGAGAUAGGGCCAUAGGGGCAGGUGAGACCCCUGCACUGGCUUCCCGGGGCUGCUACCACCUGGACUGGGACAAGCUGGAUGACCCAAACUUCAACCCCUUCGGAGGUGGCUCUGUGAUGGCCAGCAAUGAAGCCCAGCCCCCUGAAAGCCCCAGGGCCAGGUUGGCAACACCUGCAGUGGAUGCAACGCCACCUGCAGAGGACUCGUCUCCCAGCCAGCAGCUAUACUUGGCCCCAGAAGGUAAUAGGCCUGAGGUGCAGACGGCGGCCGGUACCCUGAGCACAGAGGGCAAGGUACAGGCAGGAACCUUGAGCUCCUCCGAUGCCUCAGCUCCCACAUGUGGCCUGGAUCGUGUGCUGCCGGCCCCUUCCCAGCCCACCCCACAGCCUAUCCUGAACCUGGAGGAGGAGAGCUUCAGAGACCCUGCUGAGGUUCUAGGCACCGGCGCGGAGGUGGAUUAUCUGGAGCAGUUUGGGACAUCCUCGUUUAAGGAGUCAGCCUGGAGGAAGCAGUCCUUGUACCUGAAAUUUGACCCUCUCUUGAAGGACAGCCCUCUGCGACCGGUGCCUAUGGUCCCAGCGACAGACAGUGUGCAGAGUACAGAUGAGCCUCCCUCAGAGAACCCACCAGAAGCCAAACUUGUGGAGCUGGAUUUCCUGGGUGCACUGGAUGUUCCUGUGCUGGGCCCACCCCUGAGUGUAUUGGAACCUGGUGGCAUGCCCCCACCCACCCAGCCUGUCCCCAUCGUGGAUGUGCUACAGUAUAGCCAGAGCGACCUGGAUGCGGCGAUGAAUGCAGCCCAGGAGGAGAACAAGGAACUGAGGCGCCGGUGCGAGGAGCUACAAAGAAAGAAUCUGGAGAUGGGGAAGAUCAUGGAUGGCUUUGAGGGCAUCGUGUACCAGGCGAUGGAGGAUGCCCAGAAACAGAAGGAGCUCACCAGCGCUGAGAUCCAGAGGGGCCUCACGGAGAGACAGCAGCUCACCGCAGACCUGCACUCCCUGGAGAAGUCUUUCUCUGACCUCUAUAAGCGUUUUGAGAAGCAGAAGAAGGUGAUUGAAGGCUACCAGAAGAACGAGGAAUCACUGAAGAAGUGUGUGGAGGACUACAUCACCAGGGUAGAGAAGGAGGCCCAGCGGUACCAGGCGCUGAAGGCCCACGCGGAGGAGAAGCUCAGGCUGGCGAAUGAGGAGAUCACCCAGGUUCGGAGCAAGGCCCAGGCAGAGGCACUGGCCUUCCAGGCAAACCUAAGGAAGACACAAAUGCAGAUUCACUCACUGGAGAAGACUGUGGAGCAGAAGACCAAGGAGAAUGAGGAGCUGACCCGGAUCUGUGACGACCUCAUCUCCAAGAUGGAGAAGAUCUGACUGGAACUGUGGCCACAAUGGCCCCUGCUGCUUCUCUGCCUGCCUGUCUGUCUGAAUUUUCUUAGCUUUGUGUUCUCUUCAUCUGUUUUUGAACUAGAUUGUCUUAGGCUGGUGUGAUAGUACACAUUUGUAAUCCCAGUACUUGGGAGGCUGAGGCAGGAGGAUCACUAAGUC